UUAGGUAGAGAAGAGAAGGAAAAGCAGCACUUGGAAGCAGCAAUGGGUUUGGAAGAAAUCCUUCACAUGAACGGAGGAACUGGAAAAACAAGCUAUGCAAGCAAUUCAAACAUUCAAAAAACAGCGAUAUUAAUGGCUAAACCUAUACUAGAAGAAAGCUUGCUGGAAUUCUAUUGCACCAAGCUUCCAGACUGCUUGAGGAUGGCAGAUUUCGGUUGCUCUUCAGGACCAAAUACUUUUCUAGCAAUAUCUCAAGUUGUAGAUAUAAUAGAAUCAGCAUCCCAAAAAUUAAACAGGCCACCUGCUUCUUUGCAAGCUUUCUUGAAUGAUCUCCCUGGAAAUGAUUUUAACACUGUCUUCAGGUCUUUGCCAAGCUUUUACAAGAAGCUCAAGGGUGAGAAGGGAAGCAAGUUCGCUGCAUGUUUUGUUGCUGGAGUUCCUGGUUCUUUCUAUGACAGGCUCUUUCCUGAUAACUCCUUGCACUUUGUUCACUCUUCUUAUGCUCUCAUGUGGAUCUCUGAGGCACCAAAGAUAUUGAACAAGGAAAACAUAUACAUUGCAAAAACAAGCCCUCCUGCUGUCUUCAACUCAUACCUGGAUCAGUUCCAAAAAGAUUUCACAAUGUUUCUAAAGAAUCGGUCGGAGGAGUUAAUCGCCGGGGGCUGUAUGGUCCUGACAACAAUGGGCAGCAUCAGAAGUGAUGAUCCUCUCUGCAUAUGGGAAGUAGUUGGGUCAAAACUCCAUGACAUGGUUUUGGAGGGCCUAAUUAAAAAGGAGAAAAUGGAGUCAUUUAAUUUGCCAUAUUAUGCUCCGACCACAGAAGAGAUAAAGAAAGUGAUAGACGCAGAAGGGUCCUUCACUCUACAAAGGCUAGAAGUGUUCAAAAUGGACUGGGACGCUUAUAUAAAGAAAGCCAAACCUGGUGCAGAUAAGAAAGCAAGAGCUGCCAUAAUCGCCACUGAUUUAAGAGCUGUGGGUGAACCCAUUUUGGGUAGCCAUUUUGGAAGCGAAAUCAUGGAUGAUUUAUUCCAUAGAUUUGAAGAGGUUGUGCUAGAUCACAUGGAGAUUAACAAAUGCCAGUUCAUUAAUCUUGUCAUUUCCUUGACCAAGAAGGCUUGAUAAAACUACGAAUCAUAUGUGAUGAUCUCAGUCAGUUAUUUCCUUCUGUUUCUAUUAAUUACUUUGAUUGUUCUUGAAAAAUGAAAGAGCAAACCUAAACAGACUUACAUAUAUAGUAUAUAAAUAUUUUUAUAUA